UGAUGCCGCCAAACACCAAACGCAGGUCGGAAAGUGAAAUAAUGCCAUCCACUCGAAACAAGGCAUCUGCAGCUGCUACAGCCUCAAAGAAGGCCAGUGCUGCAGCCGCGGCAAGUGCUGCGAGCGACGACGACGACAUUUCAGCGCAAGACAUGGUUUCGGACACCCAGGAUGCCGAAACGGCGACCAUCAUGGACGCGAUCGCCCAAUGGGUGUACUAUCGUAUUCUCAUGGAUAACAUUGAAGGCGUUCCACCGUCUGUGGCUGGCCUAGCCAUUGCGGUCGCAAAUUUCCACGCCUCGCCAUCAUCCGAGGUGUUGGUGCGCAAGAAUAUGGCCAAGAUUGCAGGCCUCCUGCGCACGCAUGCAGCCCCAACGUCCAGUGCAUGCGUGGAUGCCAUCAAGUUGGCCGCCAGCGCGUUCGAGGACCUUGCUCUCAGCCUGACAGAGGCCCUGGACAUGCGCCAGGAGAUUUUCAGCCUUGGCGUUGAAUUUCGAGUUCAAAUUUGCCUUCAUGGAAUCCGCAACAAGACUCCCACGAAAGAGCUUGCGAGACAAUUCCACGAGAACAUUGACGAGCUCUUUCCCACGCAUGCGGCGGAUGCAACCGACAUUGAUCCCGCAUUCACCGCGGUGGUUGCCAAGACGCGAGAAGAAAUGCUCAAAGUUGGCGCGCAGACAUUCCCGACCGGCAGCUCGGCCAAAGACGUGCCUCACGCAUUGCUGACCAAGCACAACUGGGCUGGAUUUGCCGCACGUGUGAUGCAGUUCCUUGGCGCAGUCAACGACAGCAUGCCACCCUUGUUGUUGGUCUCGUUGGUAACCAAGCCCUCAGCUUCGAACGAGCCAUUGAAUGCAACCAAUGGUGCUCAACCAAAAUUGACUGCCAGCAUGCUUCACCGAGUCUACACUGACUUGCUUGGAGGUUCGAAUGACCGUUGGGAAAAGGUCGUGACGCAAACCAAGCUGCCUGGCAACGUUGUCGCGUCCUCGACCGCACCGGCAGCCCCUCAGCACGCGGCCUCCUCCAGCCGCGCGCAAGCCUCGUCCUCCAUCUCCGCGGACACCAGUACCACUCUUCGAGCCCUCGAAGCACAAUCGCGUGCCUUGCUAAAUACUGGUCGAGACCCGCUUGCCGAUGUCGACCCCCAAUUCCGCAAGUCGUCGCGUUCCGACCAACCCUCGUCGCGCUUUGACGAGUCUGACGAUCACAAUGAAGAGCGAAUCCUUGAUCAAGUGCGACAGCGACAGGGCAUCCAGCCAUCCACCCGUCCUUCGCCGCCCGUCGCCGAAGUCACAUCCGCUAGACGUCGCACCGCAGCAGAUGCAGCUCUGGACGACGCCAACAACAGCGCUGCCUCACCCCGAGGGAAGCAACCUCGUUUGGCCGCGGAAACCAACCAACGUUCUUCUGGAAAUGUCUCAAGCAGUUCGACGCCCUCCAAACCUUCCCAUCCCUUCAGGAUCCCCAGUACUUUCACGCCGCCAUCUGCUCACAGUCCUCAAAGCAGCAACGAACAGAAGGACGAAAGCCGCGCGCGUGUCCGCUGGUCUGACGUUGAAGUGCGGAAUUUGAUUGACGGCUUCCGUCGCUUCGGCAAGUCUUGGACUCAAAUUUUGGGCAAGUACAAGUUUGCCAGCUCUCGCACCUCGGUGGAUCUCAAAGACAAGUUCCGAAAUCUUGAAAAAGCCGGUCAAAUUUAAACAAGUCUUUUCAGGCUCCGUUCAUUGUCAUGAGUGCGUUGCUUGUGUCUCUUCUGCUGGGAUUUGGACUGAUGGUAUGGCUACAUUCUGUUUGCAGUUGUUGAACAAAAAAAAAAACAUGGUCGUUCAAUAAAUUUUUGAAAAAGUA